AUGGCAUCACAAUCCUACGACUAUGGCGACAGCCGAAUGUUCCGCGUCUUCAACAAUGACCACAGCUCCCAUCCCGAUUUCGCAAACCUCACCCUCCUCGUCUUCGAGGCCGUCAUGGAGGUUGUCUGCGUCAGCGCCCCUGGUUACAUUGUCGCGCGCAUGGGCAUGUUCGACGCCGAGAGUCAGAAGUUCCUCGCCAACCUGAACACGCAGCUGUUUACGCCCUGCCUUAGUUUUUGGAACUCAAACUCGCUACCAAUCUCCCUCGUCAUAUCGCUCUCGCAAACCCUCAAGGGACUGCAUUGGGACAAGAUCCCCGGUGACAACGACAACGAAGUCGGUGCGCGCGGUAUCCUCUACCUGCUCAUUUUCCAGCAGCUUGGCCAGCUCGUGCGAUGGACAUGGGGUUUCAACGUGCUGCUCGCACCCGCCAGCGCCUACAAGGACGAUGAUGCAGGCAAACAUAAUGCCAUCGAGAGCGGAGAGUACAGCGACGACGAGGCACAACAUCUCCUCGACGACUCUCAUUCCGACUACGAAUCUGGCAACGUCACCAGCUACGCCACUUCGGCAGAGUCCAGCGACGACGAUUCCGACUCCUUGUUCAACCGCGCAGACGCCCAAGCUACGACCGACUUCAUCACGCCCACCAACGGCAAUGCUAUAAUCAGAGGAGCUGGUGACAUGAGCGGAAACAGCAACGGUGCUGCCAACGGACAUCUCAGUAGCAUUCUUGAGGCUCACAACAAGGGAAAGGCACCCAAGGGCCUCAAAGGGAUGCCCGCACGCGCUAGAAUGGCUGUCCAACGCUCUGCGAGUACCGUCUCCUUGACCACUUCCCGUGCCAGCAGCCGAGUCUUUGCAAGCUUGCCCAAAUGGCUGCAGGGGCCGCUUUACAAGACCGGAACGCUUCUAUCGCGAUUUUUCAAGGGCGUCUGGGAUUUCAUGAACCCCCCUCUAUGGGCUAUGUUGAUCGCUAUCCUCAUUGCUUCGAUCCCACCUCUACAGCACCUCUUCUUUGACCCAGGCACGUUUGUAAGCAACUCGGUCACCCGCGCGAUCAAUCAAAGUGGACAGGUUGCCGUCCCGCUCAUCCUGGUCGUCUUGGGCGCCAAUCUUGCCCGCAACACUCUACCAAAAGAAGACCAACACUCGAUGGAAGAUGAAGGCGUAGAGAAGAAGCUAGUCAUUGCCUCGCUUGUUAGUCGCAUGCUCAUUCCUACGCUUCUCAUGGCGCCUAUGCUGGCUUUGACUGCCAAAUACGUCCCCGUGAGCAUUCUCGACGAUCCCAUUUUCAUCAUCGUCUGCUUUCUGCUCAGCGGUGCACCCAGUGCGCUCCAGUUGGCACAGAUUUGUCAGAUCAACAAUGUGUACAUGGGAGCCAUGUCAAGGAUUUUGUUCCAGAGCUAUGUUGUCUGGAUUCUGCCUUCGACUCUGCUGUUGGUCAUGCUGGCGUUGGAGACAGUCGAGUGGGCCCGAUAGAAGCUGCUUUGGGAGAAAAGAAGUAGACGCCAGGCUGCGUCUCUCGUGUUGAAACAGGGUAGAGUUAUCCUGGCUGUGUAUUUGGGUCAAAAGCGAGGCGUUCCGGCAUUGGUUAUUGGUUUACUUGUUGUAAUUGGGUUGUGGGCAUUGCGUAUUGGGGCGUAGUGUGACCUUAUCGAAACCAGCUUGUAGACAUACCGUACCAGGCUUGAGUUUUGGAAAUUUGCCAUGUACGAAUAGAUUACGCGGACGCACGUUUGCCACGUUUGCGCCCA